GCGUCGGGAAACCCUGACCCUCACCGCGCGCCAGAGAAGCUCUCAGGUAUAAAUAUUCCAGGCGAGAAGGUGAAUCACAUCAGUCAGCAACUAUCCGUCCUAGAGUGAGGAGGACUACUAGCUUCACAACAUCAUCAUGAGCCGAGGCGCACUGUUGCUGGUUGGAGUGGUGGCGUGCAUGGCGGUGCUUGGCUCAGGCGCGCCGUACGGCACCCACAAAGGCGGACGAGUGAAAGGCCACGGCUCCCAGUUUUCGUCAUCCUCUAGUUCCUCCUCCUCCUCUUCAAGUUCUGCCUCCUCCUCAGCAUCGUCCUCCUCCUCCUCCUCCUCCUUGUCCUCGUCCAGCUCCUCUGGCUCGUCCUCAGGCGACAGGUUCCAUACGCAGUCCUCCCGUCAUGAGUCGGAGAAGGAAUCUGCGUCAUCCGAUGCUUCUUCCUCUUCAUCUUCAUCUUCCUCCUCAUCUUCCCAUAAUUUCUCUGAAUUUGGUUCCGGUUCAUCUGGUAGUGCAUCAGGAAGCCACGGUGUCCACGGUUCAGUUUCCGGUUCCCAAGGUUUUGGAGUAGCGGGAAGCCAUGGUUCUGGCGUUGGCUUUGACUCCACCAGCCACGGCUCCUCUGGUUCUUCCGGUGGUAGCUUCCAAUCUGGCUCAUCUGGUUCUGCUGGUGUCGGCUUCGAUUCCAGCUCAUCUGGUUCAUCUGGUGUUGGCUUCGAUUCCUCCAGCCACGGUUCAUCUGGUGCUGGCUUUGAUUCCUCCAGCCACGGUUCAUCUGGUGCUGGCUUUGAUUCCUCCUCCAGCCACGGUUCAUCUGGUGCUGGCUUUGCUUCCUCCAGCCACGGUUCAUCUGGUGCUGGCUUUGAUUCCUCCUCCAGCCACGGUUCAUCUGGUGCUGGCUUUGCUUCCUCCAGCCACGGUUCAUCUGGUGCUGGCUUUGAUUCCUCCAGCCACGGUUCAUCUGGUGUUGGCUUCGAUUCCUCCAGCCACGGUUCAUCUGGUGCUGGCUUUGAUUCCUCCAGCCACGGUUCAUCUGGUGUUGGCUUCGAUUCCUCCAGCCACGGUUCAUCUGGUGUUGGCUUCGAUUCCAGUUCAUCUGGCUCAUUUGGUGUUGGCUUCGAUUCCGGUUCAUCUGGCUCAUCUGGUGUUGGCUUCGAUUCUUCCAGCCACGGUUCUUCUGGUGUUGGCUUCGAUUCCGGUUCAUCUGGCUCAUCUGGUGUUGGCUUCGAUUCCGGUUCAUCUGGCUCAUUUGGUGUUGGCUUCGAUUCCGGUUCAUCUGGCUCAUCUGGUGUUGGCUUCGAUUCUUCCAGCCACGGUUCUUCUGGUGUUGGCUUCGAUUCCAGUUCAUCUGGCUCAUCUGGUGUUGGAUUCGAUUCCAGUUCAUCUGGCUCAUUUGGUGUUGGAUUCGAUUCAUCUGGUUCAUCCAGCAGCGGUGUUGGCACUUCCUCUGCUCCUUCACAGUUCUACGGUGUCCCCACCAAGGGUUAGAAAGAACAGUGACAGAGCCUCGAGAUAAUAAAAAUGUUAUCUACAAGCUUCGAUGUCUUUGUAUGCGUUUUUCAGUCUUUGUUGCCUUUAUAAAAGAACAUUAAUAAAUAAUUGAAAAAUUA